GACAUUGCAAGAUAUAGCAAAUUGAUCUCCCCAAAGAACACUGGGCACAAUGAGGAGAAAGAGGAGAAGUUGCUUAAGAGAUGUCCUCCUGGCCAUGAGGGGACAAGGUUUGUGGACAUACCCGCCACCAUUCUAGAUGUGUCUGGCACCAUCAUUGCAUGGUACCUUCCAGACAGCCUGACAGCCGAAACACAGAAGGAAAUUUGGGCAGCCACUGAGUUGCUGUCUCCAAGUCUGGAAAGAAGUGUGAAGUGGUUCAAACACCGCUUAGAAGAUGUUGGUUUACCUGCUGGGUGCAUCAAUUUAUCUCCGGCAUGGUUUCAACAGGGGCACGAGAAUCUAGCGGACCUGGAGGUAUCUGCAUCAUUAAAGGGACCAUUGUCCGAGGGAAUCCUAAAUUCCAUUGCGAGGCCGGCAGCCAUCACAUCAGCAGCACUCAGGAUCAUGCAUCCAGAGCAGUACUGGGCAGGGUUACGAACAUUUUCAAGCCUCGGAGAAAAGGCAGAAAGCAAGGAACUGCCAAGAAUGUCCAAGAUCCUCCAGUACUGGGCAUCCAUGUUUAACACACUAUCU